GGUGAAGCAGAAAGAGACUGUGAUAAUAAGAAAAUCAGACUGGAGAAAGAAAGCAAGUCACAGUCAUCUUCAUCUUCAUCCUCCCACAAAGAAUCUUCUAAAACAAAGUCUCCCAAGCCCUCAUCGGAGCCCGCCAAGAAGGAAAUGCUCCCUCCUCCUCCCAUGUCCUUGUCCUCCCAGAAACCAGCCAAGUCCACACACAAGAGAUCAAGGCGGGAAGCAGACAGCUGUGGCCAGGACCCUCCCAGAAGUGCCAGCAGUACCAAGAGCAGCCAUAAGGACUCUCCAGUCUCUAAGCACAGACGGGUUGAGGGGAAGGGCUCGGGGAGCACCACAGAGCUCAGAGGAUCUUCCAGAGAUACUGCAAACCCUUUUCCAGUGCCUUCUUUGCCAAAUGGUAACUCUAAGCCAGGAAAGCCCCACGUGAAGCUUGACAAACAACAAGCAGAUCUUCACAUGAGGGAGGCAAAAAAGUUGAAGCAGAAAGCAGAGCUAAUGACAGACAAAGUUGGAAAGGCUUUUAAGUACCUGGAAGCUGUCCUGUCCUUCAUUGAGUGUGGGAUUGCCAUGGAGUCUGAAAGCCCAGCAUCAAAGUCCGCUUAUUCUGUGUACUCGGAAACGGUAGACCUCAUCAAAUUCAUAAUGUCAAUGAAAUCCUUUGCAGAUGCCACAGCACCUACACAAGAGAAAAUAUUUGCUGUUUUAUGCGUGCGCUGCCAGUCCAUUUUGAAUAUGGCGAUGUUUCGCUGUAAAAAAGACAUAGCAAUAAAGUAUUCUCGCACUCUUAACAAACACUUCGAGAGUUCUUCCAGAGUUGCCCAGACACCUUCUCCAUGCAUCGCAAGAAGCACAGGCACACCGUCCCCACACUCCCCGAUGCCUUCCCCUGCCAGUGCCCUCGGGUCUCAGCCAAGCGCUGGCAGUGUGGGGAGUGGCGGGGUGGCUGCCACCAUCAGCACCCCCGUCACCAUCCAGAACAUGACCUCCUCCUAUGUCACCAUCACGUCUCAUGUCCUCACCGCCUUUGACCUUUGGGAACAGGCUGAGGCCCUUACAAGGAAGACAAAAGAAUUCUUCACUCAGCUCAGCACAAGCGUGUGCACCUUGGCCCUCAACAGCAGUCUGGUGGACCUGGUGCACUACACAAGACAGGGUUUUCAGCAGCUACAGGAAUUAACCAAAACACCUUAAGGGAGGCCCAAGUGAAUUUGAGGCCUUGGGAACUUUUUUGCACAUUGGAAGCCUCAAAAAUAGUCCGAACGUUUGUCUCAUCAGGACACCCAACUUGAGAAGAGAAACACCAGAGACAGUAAGGACAAGUGUCACUGCAACUCAAGAAUAUGUGAUCUGCUUGGGCGUGAUGAUUACACAGAAGGGAGAAGGUUCCAGAGAUGAUCUUGCCUCUCCUGACAGAAGACAGAGUGCAAUGCAGCCCAGAUGGGUGUAGGAAUGGUCUAGAAACAUUUCUCUCUAUAUACAUGUAUAUAUAUAUUUUUACCAGCAGGAUGCAAGUUGCAAAUAAGAUGAAAAGAAGCAAUUUCAGCUCUGAAUGCAAACUUCAUCUUCUCAGUAGCCACCAGUCCAUUCCCAGAAGGAAAUUUUUUUAAACAAUGAUUUUUGGUGAAGGGUUUUGUGGAUGAUUUUUUUUUCUUUUUUGUUUUGGGGGAAACAUCUGUUUAAUAGGUCCUAGUGGCCAUCUGUAAACUGUAAGUUGUGAAGGACUCCACUGUACCCCACUUUCUGCCAAUGAACAGUGGCUUGAUAAUACCGAGUACUGUUGUAACUUAUAAAAUGGAAGGCAAUUGCCUGAUACUAUGCUGAAGGUUAGCCCAGGUCGGAGUGGUGGACAGCGCCUGGGGCGACAUAAGAUUGGCCGCACACCAUGGACGACAUGGCGCUGCUGCUCCCAUGAUCUCACCAGGUGGUCACCGCUCACUCUAUUCUGAAUGUCCUACCCUGGGGAAGAAGGGAACCAGCCUUUGUACCUGACCAGAUGACUAGAGUGCUUUGUAAUUUUUGUUGAAGUAGACCUGGAAUUGGAGGUGCUGAUCUGUGGUUACAAUUGCGUGGUUACUCAUAUUGUCCAACCAACUCAAGAGUUUUGUCAGUGAACAAGAAAAAUGAAAUCUACUUCUUAGAGAGGUUAUAUUUUUCUGCUACAAAUUAUUUUAUAUUUAUAGCAAAACUAACUUUCAGAGUCCUUGAUUGUCUAGGGGAAAUUAACUCCCUGAGAGGAUGUGGAGAUUUGGGGUGGUUAAUUAGACUUUUAAAAAACCCAUCACCACAUGCCUUCGUGCUGGAGUGUUCUCCAUCGACUCGAUGUGGUGGGUUGAGGAACUGUGGCCUUCAUGUAGGUUCUUGCCAUAGUGUACACAUCAAGCCAAGUCAAAGGAGUGACCUGAACAGAAGGACUCCCACACGCCCGUAAGCACAGGUUUCCUUUUCAUUGAGACUUUAAGGUUAUCAUGGAAACAUUUUUUGGAGUGCAGUGUUUUUAAAAGCCAAUUCUUUCCAUCUCUUUAAGAAGGAAGCAGCCUUGGCAUAUGUGUUGAAUCAAGGAGCGAGGUCAUCUCUGACUCUUUUCCCUCCCUUCCACCCCAUCCCGCCCCCUACACGUUUCCUACCAAUUAUGUCUCACAUCUUCCGACUUAUUUACUGGUGGAUUAGGGAGAACCACCUUUACUCACAGUGAAGACAUCUGUGAGCCCCACGAUGAAUGUAGGAACUUGCUCAGUCAAUAGCCACGGGUGAGUGUGGUGGUGGGAGUGAUGCCUGUGUCCCAGCAUGGAUGGUGUGUGUGUCGCUGUCCUUUGGUGUCUGCUCCAGCCUGUCCUGCUCUUACCCCUGGCUGGCAUAGAGGCAGUUACCUCAGGCUGCAGUUAAGGCUGGAGAACGGCAGGGCAGUGAAGUCAUGUCUGAGUAUGAACCUUGCUGCAUGACCCUGAUGAACUGGCUUCAUUCAUGGAUGUUCCAAAGCAAAGCUAUGGUCUUUCUUAAAUGACAAGUUGAAAAACCUGUUGUGACAUGAACACUCAUUGCCUGGUAGGUUGUGUGCUUGUGGCAUUGUGUGUCCAUCUCGUCUGUAGGGGCCAAGACACCAGAAUCAGGCUUCUGUGGUUAUUUGACAUUUCUUUUUUCCUUAUCCAUCCUGUCCAGAACAAGUUACCUGUCGACUGUGAAGGGCUGUGUCCUUGGUGACAGGUUCUGAUCUCUGUAGACUGUCCUGGAGCUUGUAUGUCGUGUGCUGCCCAAACCGAAGACAUUUCCAGGUCAAUUUCUCAGCCAAUUUUAAUGGGUUGCUUUCCCCAUGGCCUUAUUCUUUGUGGUUUUUCCCCCUGAACUUGAUAUAAAGAUUUUAUUUGUCUCUUGAAAAACUGUAACACAUUUGUGUAGAUCAAUUUGUACUAUUUUGGUCAUUGGAUAUUUCCAGUUCUUACUGCAACACGCACUGUACCUAAGAGAGAAUUCCUAGGUCUGCCUUUUUAACAGAAUAUUCAAGAGGGUGUGGCUGAUGAACCCCUAAUGUUCAUAGGGUCUUUUUGCUGUUACAGUUGUGUAGAGAAAUCUAAAGGAUUUUUAAAAUCAUGUGCACUUUUUCACGGCAUGCUUACAAUUCCCAAAGGCAAAAUUUAUACUAAAGUAGAUAAUUUGAAAGGGCUAGAUGAUACACUUAAGCCUUUGAAUACAUGAAGUUCUUAUAACAACAGCAACAGGACACACUUCACAGUGAGACAAACAUAAAACAAGGAGUGAAAACAGAGUGUACAUCUUGCCUUUGGCACUACAGUUACGUGUGUGUCUGGGUGUCUGUCUUUAAUAGGAAAUGGAAGAAUACUGUUUUAUUCUAAAAUGUGUUGAAUGUCUCUGUCCUUUCUGGAGAUAAUUAAAAUGUGAAUCAGUGAACUUAAGAGCCCUGCAGUGCAAUAUAAUGAAAAACACUUUCCUGAAAUUUACCAAAUGACAUUGGGUCAAGAUUGUGAAGACACGGCCCACACAGCAGCAAGAAUAGGGAGUGGGAGGACCUGUCAAACAGCUGCAGGACUUGGGUCACGACAGGAGGGUGAUGCAACUACGAUGUUACGAUUUGAUGACAAUAUUGACUGGGAAAAGCAUCUAGUUUUUUUGGCAAAAGGCCCUUUACUUUCUAAAUCUGCUUUCACCAAGAUGUGUCGCGAUUUCUCCUGGACAAAUUGGACCACCCUUCUCUCCUUUGUCCUCAACCCUUAAAUACCAGAUCUCAGGAUGUUUCAAAAGCAAAAAACCUCCACCCCUUUCUGGCUGAAGACUUGCCUUAAUUGGUCCUUUACCCGUGAAUGUUAGUAGUAUCACAAGCUUACUAUUUUAUUAGGAUUCCUCUUCAGUAAUCUUUAGAAGCAAAGACAACAAAGCUGUUAUCUCUGAUAUCCAAAAGCUUGGACAGAGUGGAAGAGGCUGAUGGGAUUGGAUUAUAGUUACUGUGCCUUUGACCAAACCAAUUCUGAAAUCACACUGUGCUUGUUGUGCCUGGCUUCAAGGGAUGCUACAUGGCUCAUGUACCUUUGACUCCUCUGCUUGAGGAAGUCUGAGGUGUAUCUGUGUAUCUUAAGGUAAAUUAAAGCAGAUUUGAGGUUGGGCUUGGGACUUUUUGAUGUACCCUCACCAAUUCUCUUACUUUUUUUCUUAAUGAUUUAUUUUCCCAAACACUACACAAAAAUCUUUGAAAAACUUGGCUCCUUCAUCUAUUGCCCUCUUUAUACUGGUCAGCAAUAUUUAAGUCUUGCAGAAAGAUUCUGGGCUUCUUUUAGAAGCAUGAGAACACAGGCUUUGUUACUGGGAAGCAAGGGCUCUCUGUUGUGGCCUGUGGAAUCCAGGACUGGCCACAGCAGUCUGGGUCUCUGUCCCCUCUCCUGGGCGGGCUGCCUCUUUUGUGUCUGGUCCCAGUUAGAAUGAAUGGGUGGAGGGUCUUUUCCUGUGCCUUGAUUUCUUAUCAUUUAAUUGGGGGCAGAUGUAGUGGUAGAAGAGCAGAGUGUAGGGAUUUUCCUUCAAACACUGCAAGUGGGAUUUCCAUCAUGGAAACUCCAAAUAUGCAGUCCAUUUGUGCUGGCGUCUCGGUGACGAAGAAUGCACGUCUCUCAUGAAUUGUGGACACUGACCACAUUCUCUAGUUCUUCUUUGUCAUGAGUUGGCACACGCCAUCUGUUGCUUUCCUUUAGGUGGCUGUGAAUUUCUUAUUUUCGGGGAGAAGUCACACUAUUCUGUUCCAUCAUGCAUCAGGUAUCAACAGGUACUGUGGUGGGGAGAGGGAGCCUGAGAGGACAGGAGGAAAACCCCGUAGCUCUGUGUGAGCCUCAGUGUCCACGGAUUGGCCUGGGAGGACAAAGGAGCAAGGCCUUUGAUGGUGAGGCUGGCCACACCACCCCGUCACAUAGGACAGUGGCCACCCAAGAAGGACAACUUGCUUUGCUUCAAAGUAGAUGUGUAAGUGAUACUUAACACAGGCAGUAUUAACUUCACCUUUUGUUCAGGCCGUCAGCAUGUAUUGUAAAAAUUACUGUACAUACCCCCAGUAUCAAGUCUCCACUGCUCAAGUUGGGGGUGUGUGUGUGCGCACGCACGUGCGCAUGGAUCCCAAAUCUUGUUUUAAUUUUUUUUUCCUCCUGAAUGUGAUCAUGUUUUGGAUGACACCUGAGCAGGGUUGCCUUUUUUAUUUAUUACCAUUAUAUAUUAUAUUAUAUUAUAUAUUUUUUGCUUUCUUAUAACUUUAGAGGAGAGUCAACCUUGGUAUUAUUAAAAUUAAAGGAAUGAAUUGUCCAGUUGGUAAUGAAAAUCACUGGCCUAUCUUUAAAAUAAUGAAUUUUUCCUUAGUGACUAUGGAAUAACGUGCCAGCUGUUGUCGACACAGUGAAUUUGUAUGUAGGACAGGGAAGCAGUGAUGCUCUCCAUGGGAAGGUGUGCAACACAGACUCAGAAGGGGGACUCCAUAUAUUUUAUCUACUUCAGCAAUGGAACUGCAACUCGGGGCUUUUGUGAAUAAAAUUUAGCUGCCUUGUAUAGUCAUUUGAAAGAGACAUAUGUGAUCUGUGAGAGAAUUAUAGUCUUUUUUUAGAAGAGAGAUUUGCAAAAGAUCUUUCCAAAGACAAUGUGCCACAGGUCUUUUGCUUGUUCUCUGAAAUGAGGAUUAAUUGCUGUUGGAAAAAAAUGUAAUUGACUUGUUCAUCUUUAAAUUCUUUUUUUUUCACAAGAGGAUCAAACUGUAAAAAAAAAAAAAAAUUAAUAAAAAUUUAGAGAAAUCA